GGAAUGCUCGGCUCGUGGCAUUCUCAUGACAAAACGAUUCGCGAGCUUCCCAGCGGCUCGACGCGGAGGCUUCCUUGUCCAUGCCCUCCGCCCGCUUUUAGAUCGCUUCUGGAAUGGGACUCGGCGCUACUCUUCGUACACAGUGCCUCAACUUCAGGAGCGUUUAACGUUACCCGCCGGCGAACAGUCAUGCUUCUUCCCCCUGAGUCGGCGACGCCCGGACAGGCGACGGAAAAGGCGCGCCCUUCGGGUCCUCGCCGUUCCUGGGUCACAAGUCUGCGCUUUCCCAAUUAGUCUUGAUUGGCAGGAGACAAGACAAAUCGACACGUCCCAUCACGGAGAUCCCUCCGAUCUCAGUGUUCCGGUAUAUCAGGUACCCCAGGUAUACUCCAACAAGUAUGGCGUACCUCCGAAGGCGACGGGUCUGUGCCGCCACAGCAGCCCGGCCACACUAGCAUACGCGAAGGUACCAGUAUACUUGCACGCUCGCUCAUCAACCUCAGCGAGUAACCUCGACGCAUUUGGCUUGGCUGAUUACGGUAUAUAUCCACUUCGUCGUUUGCGGGACUCAGAGGCGGCUACACUGUGCGAGCUGGAAGGCACUCCCCGCCGAAUCCAUGGGUCCAUUGACUUAUCCCGUCCCAUCUCUUCCGGUAGCAACCUGGCCGGAACAGAGCGCAGGCACAUCAGCAAGCUAUAUAAGUUCGUCAUUCCAGUCUCUCCAAGCUUUAGGAUCUAGCACUGCAACGGCCGGCAAAAAUUCGCACAAAAAAGGUCAAGAACAUGCCUAGCGUUCAGGAAGCCACUGGGGUGCUGCACGGCACCAUCCCCCGUCUGGGGGCGAUCAAAGAGAAGAAGGGGCUGCCAGAUCUUCGCACGGCUGCAGCCGGCCCGAAGCUGGACAUCAUUGACAUCCGCCACGCGGCGGUCGAGAUCAACCUAAAGGCCGAGGUGCUCUCCAUGUUUCACACGAGGGAUGGCCCCAGGAAGCUACCCACACUCCUCCUCUACGACGAAAGAGGCUUGCAGCUGUUUGAGCAAGUGAGGCUUAUUACCGUUAUCUGGGAGCCUGCCACGGCGUGCCGCUCCCCACGCUAACUCGU